AUGGCUAACAUGCUGGUCACGCUCCGAUGCAAAGAACUCACCAAUAACACCUUUCCUAGAAUCAACCAAUUUAUCGAUUGUCUCCGUUGUACCGACACAGAACUUACCAUGUGGAUCAAUCGCAUGAUUCCGGCCUGUACUUCCGGCGGGAAGAGAAAGAGAAAGAAAGUUCACAGAACAGCAGCUACAAAGAGGUCGACGGCAAGAGCGUACAGAGUCAAAAUGUACAAGAAUAGAUCCGAAGCCGACAAAGAAGCACAACGAGCCUACGUGCAAGAAUGGAAGGCCAAACGGCUUGCAGGAAUGUCACCAGAAGAGAUCCGGGCAGAGAGGGAGGGGAAGCGAAUUUAUGGACGAGAAUGGAGAACGCGGCGCAAGGAGGCAAUAUCACCAGAAUAA